AUGAAGGAACUUCUCGUGGUGAUUCCGUCAACGGGCCAAAUCGUAGACGUCUUCGUCGAGAGUUUGCGACUUUCGAGGAAGUCAAGGAACUUAUCGACUACCAGCUCCUCUUUCCAUUUCCGCCUCAAGAGCUGCGACGACCAACUUGUACAGUCUGGUGGCAUUUCGAGCGCGGCCUGGGAGAUUCUGGACAACGCCGACAACGUGGUGGAUGCGCGCGCAAUGGUGUGCGACGGAGGCUUAGAGUUUCAAGGCAUGGACGACCACAGACCUGCAUUGUUCAUCUCGUCGCGUUGCUGCCACCGUACCGUGAUCUAUCCAAAGGAGAAGACGUAG